AUGAGCGUCGCCACGGAUGGGCCAGAAGACGUCUACGAGGCUCUUGAGCGCUACAAUUGGGACGACGAUGUCGAGUUCCAGUCGGGCCUGAGUGCCAUUCUCGGCAGCAACAGCUCGCCCGAGCAAGCCGCAGAGCUGGGGCUACGGGCACGAUGCUUCUACUUUGCACGCAAGUUCAGCAAGAACAUCGACUUCGAUGCCUACAAAGCCUACCGCCACGCUCGCAACCGCCCGCCACCAACACCGCCUACCACGAAUGGCGCACUGGCUGCUCCCAUGCUAGACCCCUUGGUCCAGGCAAGCUGCGACACAGCUGGCGGCCUCCUGCCAGCGCUUGCGAGCCCGAGCGAACCGCCAGCACCCUACCCAACCUCGUUCGCCCAAAUCGUCGAACUCAUCACCAGUGGCCAACCAGUACCGGGAAUCAAAGAGGUACCGCCCACGGUUUUGACGGGACAGGGCACACAACCCGCUCAGGCGAGGCGGAAGAAGCCAUGGGAGAAGGAUGAGCCUGCGCCAACCACCCAACAAGCGCAUCAGACGGUAUCCUAG